AGAGAGAGAGGGAAGUUACAGUGGUCUGUUAGUGUUCUCUACCAUUCCCUCCCUGACCUGAGGAACUGAGAGAAGACGGAGAGAGAGAGAGAGAGAGAGAGAGAGAGAGAGAGCAGAGCUGGAGAUGGCUCUUGGCUCCACUCAGUAGCAGACACCAAGCAGGCCUGAGGAUAUUAGUGGAUACUUGACUCCUUCCCUGUUUUAUUUCUUGGAUUACUCGGUGUGGCGACUAAUUGCUUAAACCUGGGGACAGCACAACAGCAGGUAGAAGAUGCGCUCGAAAAGCAGCGGGGUAGAGAACACGGCCAAUGGGGUCCUUGGGCUUCCACAGGACGACCAUGACAUCGGACCAGAACAGGAAGUGGGUUUGCCUGUGAAGAGCCUGAAGGUCAAAGUUCAGCAGAACGACAGCGGGGAGGAUAAGGUGGAGGUCGAGGUGAUCACUGACAAAGAGAAGCUACUGUUUGAUUCCUCUGAGGCCGGUGAGAAGUCAAGGGACAUCAUGGAUCUGUCCAAAGAGGGCCUGCUGAAACUGCUGGGGAUCAUGGAAGGGGAAGUUCAGGCCAGAGAGGAUGUAAUCGGCAUGCUGAAGUCCAAACAGACUGUGCCCGAGGCCCUGGAAUCACGGUACGGCUCUGCGGUCCCCAACUCGGCCCUGCAGGCCCUGCAGAGAGACGGCUUCAUCGCCGGCACUGAGCCGCACAACCACAGCGUCCACCAACAGCCUUUGGCUGAGCUGGAUCGUCUGCAGGAGAAGCACAGGGACACGUACGGGCGGAUGCUGGGCCAGUUGCUGCUCGCCGAAAAGUGCCACCGUCGCACCGUUCAGGAGCUGGUCACGGAGAAACGCAAGCACGUCGACUACAUGAACAAGAGCGACGACUUCACCAACCUCCUGGAGCAGGAGAGAGAGAGACUGAAGAGGUUGCUUGACAACGAAAAAGCCUACCAGGUUAAAAAGGAGAAGGAGCACUCUAAACGUCUGGCCAAGGUGCGAGAGGAGCUUGUCAAGCUGAAGUCCUUUGCCCUGAUGUUGGUCAAUGAGCGCCAGCAGCAACUGGAGCAAAUGGACCAACAGACCCAGCGGGUGCAGGAACUAAGCCAACAGCUGCAACAGCGGGAGCAGGCACUGAGUGAAGCCAGGGAGCAUGCUCAGGAGGAGGGCAACAGGGUGCUGAGUCUGGAGGUUGAGCUUAAAGAGAAAUCUGCCAAGCUCACCCAACAACACGAGGAGAUGAGUGCCAAGCUGACCAGUCAGGAGCUCCACAACCGUCAACUCAAUGCCAAACUUUUGGGGCUUACGCAUAAAGUGGAGGAGCUAGAGGAGAGCAACAGGGCCUUGAGAAAAUCUGAGGAGGAGCUGCACGAGCUCAGGGAGAAGAUUGGCAAAGGGGAUUGUGGCAACUCCAACUUGAUUGCUGAGUUGGAGAACUUGCGGAAGCAGGUGCUGGAAAUGGAGGGAAAGGAUGAGGAGAUUACCAAGACUGAAAACCAGUGUAAGGAGCUAAGAAAGGGGCUGCAAGAGGAGGACAGUAAAGGUAAAGACCUCAGGCUAGAAGUGGAGAAGCUCCAGAAAAGAAUGAUGGAGUUAGAGAAACUUGAGGGUGCAUUCGGCAUCAGCAAGUCUGAGUGUGCACAGUUACACGCUGCUUUAGAAACAGAAAAGAGUCUGUCUAAAGAGCUCUCAGAUGAAGUCGUAGCUCUCAGGAUCCGUAUGAAAGAGCUUGAAUCUUCUGAACUCAAGUUAGAAAAAUCAGAGCUGAGUCUUAAGGACGACUUGAGUAAGCUAAAGUCCUUGACAGUUGCUUUGAUGGAAGAACGCAAGACCCUAAUGGACAGAAUGAAGUCAGAUGAGAAGAAAAAGGAGGAUUUGAGUACAAUGGUCAAGGUUGAACAGGGCAAAGUUAUGGAGGUGACUGAGAAACUGAUAGAAGAAAGCAAAAAGCUCCUGAAGUUAAAAUCAGAAAUGGAAACCAAACUAGAAACUCUAACCAUAGAAAAGGGGGAGCUAAGCAAUACGCUUGUUUAUGAAAUAGAUAAAACUAAGGAUCUGAAUUCUAAAGUGAGCCAAAUGAAAAAGAGGUUAGAUGGGUUUGAGCAGGCAGAAAAGCUAAAUAAUUCAGUGAAAUGUGAACUGGGAAAAAUGCCUGACCCAGUAAGAAGAGAAGACAACAAAGUUAAGGAACUAACCUUUGAAAUUGAGCGUCUUAAAAAUCGUCUCAAACAACUUGAAGUGGUAGAAGGAGAUUUGAUCAAGACGGAGGAUCAGUACGACAUGUUGGAGAAAAAGUUCAUGACUGAGCAGGACAAGGCCAACAUUCUUUCCCAGCAGGUGGAGGAAAUGAGGAAUCAGAUAGCGCGGAACAAAGCAAUUGAGAAAGGAGAGGAGGAAAGCCAGGAAGAUGACCUCCAACAACGUUGCAAGAGAGAGGAGGUCAAAACCAGGGAACUGCAUUCUGAUGUAGUUGCCCUCAAAGAGAAGAUCCAUGAACUGAUGCACAAAGAAGACCAGCUUUCUCAGCUGCAGGUGGACUACUCCAUCCUGCAGCAGAGGUUCUUGGAAGAGGAAGAGAAAGCAAAGAACAUGGGCACUGAAGUUUUCCAUCUCACCAAAGAGCUGGAGAUAGCAAAGCGCCAUAGUCGAGCACUAAGGCCCAGCUUGAAUGGGAGAAGAAUGGUGGACGUUGCUGUGACAUCCACUGGAGUACAGACAGAAGCAUCAUCCAAUGGCCCACUGGAGGAGGAUACACCAGCUGUGUUUAUCAGGAAGUCUGUUCAAGAAGAGAAUCACAUCAUGAACAAUUUCAGACAGAAGUGCCUGAAGAAGCCAACGGAAAAAAACAUUGAGCGUUGUCCUUCAUCUGGCAGCGACCUAGGCAUGAAGAAAUCCUGGAUUCCCUGGAUGAGGAAAAAGGACAACACCACUCAAGAGACCAGCUUGGAAAAGCCACUACACAUAAAUGGAGAUCUUUUGCCCUCUGAACUGACCAUUAACCCAAAGCAAGGGCAGCAUUUACACAUCCGAGUAACACCAGACCAUCAAAACAACAUGGCCACUCUUGAGAUCAGCAGCCCUACAACUGAAGAUGUUUUUUCCAGCUCAGCUCCCCUCAGCCCCAACCCAUCUCAACCUAAAUCAAGAAUCACAAUCAUUCCCACCUACUCUGCGCCAAGCUCCAAGAGAAAGACCACCACUGGACCUCAGGGCCCUGACAGAGCCAAGUCUCCAGUCACCAUCACAACUAUAUCUAGAGCCAAGUCUCCUGAAAGCAACCGCCCUUCCUCCAAUGUUUCAGGUAGGCCAUUGUCUCCUGUCUCUAUUAUGACAGUCAGCACUGCUGUAGUGCCUGAUGCAUCCACCUCCCCAGAGCCCCAGGUCAUCUCGACCAUGGGCAGAGCUGUGUUCAAGGUUACCCCGGAGAAGCAGAUGGUCCCAGUGCCUAUACGGAAGGGCCAUAACAACACCAGCAUCAUCACCACGACUGAGGAUAACAAGAUCCAUAUUCAUCUAGGCAACAGCAUCUCCCCAAAGAUGGUCGUCAGGCCAGCGGCUUCUGCAACGGAAAGCAGGGAAAUGACCUUAUCAACUGGGACAGUUCUACGCUCCCCCCGCCAAAUCACCACCACUGCCACCAGAAGCACACAGAGCAAAGUCAUGAGCAGCAUCACAAUUUCCCCUGUUACAUCCACCACAUCCAGGACAACACAAAGCAUGACCGGGCACGAUGCCCAGCCACCUCGCACAGGGCUGACCCGCAUCCCAAUGUCCAAGAGCCUGAAGACAGGAAAGGCUGUGCUGGGAUCCCUGGGGAUGUCUGGUGGAGUGAAGCUGGAGUCACGGGCUGAGACUAUGAGGAUAGAAGUUAAGAAAUCCAGUGUGAACAGCAAUACUUUACAAAACGGAGGAAAAGCCUGACUGACAUGAUAAUAGCAUACAAACAAAAUACUUAAAUAUACACUAUCAAAAUAUAUGGUGCUCCAGCGGGAUUUAGACAACACUCACUUUGAUGUCUCCAUGCAACUCAGUAUUUUUUGUAAAUAAGUAAACCAUUUAUUUUUGUAAAGUCUUUUGUAAUUGUCGGUCUCUUAUCUAUUUCUGUCAUAUGGAUGGGUUCAUAUUCUUUGUAUUUACAGUGGGAAUUGUGAUGGGCAUUUUGGUUAAAUAUCAGACUGUGCUGCUACUAACAGCUUCUUGCUUUGAGUGGUUGAGUGAGUUUGAUGCUAUAUUUUAUAGGGACACAUUACAGGCCAGAAUACUCUUUUUCAUAUAAAUGAUGUUUAUUUUUUCUGUGAAAGAUGUGUACUUAAACUUUAAAUAAAUAUGAUGUCAAAGGGU